AUGGAAAACGAAGUGAAGCAGCGCAAUCAAAGAAAUAGGCGAAGGGAGCGGGCGCAGCGCAUGCAAGCACAGCGAGAGAGCAAAGUUAAGGAUGGGGACAGCGGCGAGGACGAGUCUCCAGCGAGAGAGAAGCCGCCUCGUCCUCCAGCCAGGAGAAAGAAAUCGAAGGAGCCUCUCGGGGAAGAAGAUAUCAUUGAUGGUUUCGCCAUAAUGGCAUUUCGUACCUAUGAAGAUCUUGAGGCUGCCGUAAAAUGCGCUUCCUCUCCUCGUACCAACGCCCUGUCCACCAAGCCGCGGCUGCCGCUCGCUGCACUGGCCAGCGACCCGGCCCGAAACCACCCACCCAACAACGUCAACUCUCAUGGCAUUACGCUGCUUCAAGACGCUGGCACGUCGGAUGACAGUGGAAGGGCAUCUGAACGCCUCACGGGCAGCUCGGUGGCGCCACGCGACCCCGACUCCUCGCGCGACCGUCUUAGCGACGCCAGUAGCCGCUGUAGUUCCGGAAAAGGCUAUAUCUGUGAUAGUGAAGGCGACGACGACAAGCGGGGUCAGCGUCGCGGCGGGGCGGCGGCUGAACGGGCUAGCGAGGCGCCCUUUGUGCGGACCGCUCACGUUGUCGGAGCUCAACUGACUCGUCAACAGGUUGUGAAAUGCCCGAGUGUAGAGCUCGAGUUGCGAGCGUCGAGCGCCCUCCGGCGCGUGUCGACGUCGCAAAGGGCGCUGAUUACGCGCCGCCGCGCCGUUUCG